AUGGCACCCAGCCUAGAAAGGUCAGCAGGUCUCUGCAGAUCCCUCCAGCAGAGAGUUUGGCUGAUUAUUGACGAGGAGUGUCCAUUGACUGUAAGCAGGAAUGAUUCAAUCCUGCAAUCGUGGGGCGGCUGCUGCUGCGAGCUCCGAUUUGUGAAGUCGCCUCGACUUGACAUCCACUUCGGGUCGAAAAUAUACAACGUCCUCGGCUUGUGGCGGACCCCAGCCAUCUGA